AUGUGGAACCCAUUUUCUGGUUUUCAGGAGUUGGUUCAUGCCAAUUGGAAUAGAACUGUUGAUGGCACGAUGAUGUACAGAGUAGUUCAGAAACUUAAGAGCCUUAAGGCCACAUUGCGACUAAUUAAUAAGCAAGGUUUUUAUGAUAUUCAAGCUACUGAUUUGGAGGCCUUUCAUACUCUCACAGGUUGUCAAGAUAUGUUGAGCAAGGACCCCCUCAACGCAAAUUUAAUUCAGAUGGAAAUUGCAGCUCGUCAAAAAUAUUCUGAGUUACAUAGGUCUUAUUGUUCUUUUUUACAGCAAAAAGCUAAGAUCAAAUGGAGCCAAGAGGGGGAUGCUAACACUGCUUUCUUUCAUGCAAGCAUAAGGGAGAGGAGUAGUCAGAAUAUAAUUUAUUCUAUUACUACUGAGUCAGGGGAUUGGGUCGAUAAACCUGAUCAAGUUUCAGCAGCCUUCUUAGAAUUCUACCAGAAUUUAUUAGGCAGUAGGAUGGCUUUGAGGACUAAAGUGAUUAAAAGAGUGGUUCAUCAAGUUGGACCUGAAAUCAGUGAUGCUAUCCUUUCCUUUUUGCAUUCUGGGAAAAUUCUAAAGGAAUUGAACACUACCAUUAUGACUCUAAUUCCGAAAAGUAAUUGUCCAAAAUAUAUGAGUGAUUAUCAGCCAAUUGCUUGCUGCAAUGUUCUGUAUAAGGUGGCUACUAAACUGAUUUGCUCAAGAUUGAGGUCUAUUUUGCCUAUGCUUAUUGCUCAAAUCAAGGAGGAUUUGUUAAAGGGAGAUUUCAGAUCCAUUGAUUAUUUGUUACAAGGCCUUCAGUUAUUCUCUAACUCUUCAAGCCUCUUUCCAAAUCAGUCCAAAUCAGUCGUUUACUGUUGUGGCAUGAAUGAGUCUGAAAUUCAAACGAUUCUUGACGCCUCGGGUUAUAACACAACUCAUCUCCCAAUCAAAUAUCUUGGAAUUCCAAUUUGUAUUAAGAGGAUUUCUGCUAAAGAUUGUCAAAUCCUUCUUGAUAAAAUGCUUGCUCGGCUAAAAUGUUGGAGUUCUAGAAACAUUUCUUUUGCUGGCCAUGUAAUCUUGAUCAACUCAGCGUUGCUUUCAAUACAUGCUUACUGGAAUCAGAUCAUGAUCAUUCCUGUUAAGAUUUUGAAAGAGAUUUUUGCUAUGUGUAGGGCUUUUCUUUGGAGUGGUCAAGCUUAUUCGACUGCUAUUGGAAAGUAUGUUUGGGCUAUUGCUGAGAAGAAAGAUAACCUUUGGGUUAAAUGGGUUCAUCAUGUCUAUAUCAAACAAGAAGAUUGGUGGAAUUACACUGCCCCUGCUUCUAGCAGUUGGUAUUGGAGGAAAAUUGAUGAAGUUAAAAGGAAAUUUAAGAGGUUGAUAUUAAUGCUGCAAUUUCAAAAAGAAGAGUAUCAGAUCAGAAUUGGUUAUUCCUUUAUUCAUCCUGCUCUUGACAAAGUCCAAUGGACUAAAGAGUUUGACAUGUUACCAACAGAUUUUACAUUGGCUGAAUUGGAGAAGUGA